GGAUCAUGUUGAUGGGUUUUGAGUACUUCAAGAUGUUCUGGAACUGUUUGGAGCUGUGCCUGGCGCUCCUGUCUCUGGCGGAGAUCGGGAUCCUCCUGUACACGCUGUAUCUUAUCCUGGGAUUCAACACACCACAAAGUAAUACGGAAGCUACUCAAGACAGUUACGAGAAGUAUCGCCAGGCGGCGCUGUGGGACCAGAUCAACACGUACGUGUUAGGUUGGCUGGUCUGUGUGGCGACUCUGAAGCUGCUGCAUCUGUUUCGGUUCAACAAGCACAUCGUUCGGGGGGCAGAUACCAUGAAAAAGGCUUCGGGUCCGCUAUCUGGGUUCGGUAUCAUGUUUGGCAUCAUGUUUUGCUCCUUCACAAUGCUGUUCUACCUCGUCGUCGGCACCAAGUUGGAAGGCUUCGCGACCUUUCCCAGUGCUCUACAGACCAUUUUGGUGAUCAUACAGAGCGCGUCUAGCUACUAUGUGAUAGCAGAAGCGAGCAGUGUGCUUGGCCCUCUCGCCUACUUCGCGCUGCUCGGCCUGUUCCAGUGGGUCAUGCUCCUCAUGUUCGUCGCCAUCUUGGACGAGGCUUACCACGAAGCCAUGGCCGAGCAAAAAGGCGGGAAGACGGAAAACGAGAAAGUCGCUGACAUGAUGAUCCAGCGGGUUAAAACAGCCGCCCUGACGGUAGUAUCGUGUGGAAGGAGGGAAAACAGGAUGAAAACAUACGAAGUUCGCCGUAGACCGACAGAACAAGAGUUGCUUGACAUAUUUAAUGGACCCGAGUUGAUCAGGAUGGUGGAAGAAAAAGGCAGCAACACUCAGACCUUCGAAUUCGUGCUAAAGGACAACCCCCCUCUGGGAGAAACUAACGAUUACGACUCCCUGGAUGCUGGAGACAGUACAAGAAACCAAACUAGCUCUCAGAUGCCUGGCUAUAACCUUGAGCUGUUGUCUGAGGAGGAAAUAGCUGAUGUAUUUGCGGGUUCAGGAGUCCUGAGUCUGCAGCAGUCUGAGGACCCACAUGGCGCUCCUGUCGUGGAGUUUUUGUUCUGAAUUUCCUCAAAGUAUGAUGUUCAAGAUGAGCAUCAUUUUCUGAUAACGCCAUACCGACUUAAUUCUCUGGAUGGCAUCCUCGGAAGACCCCCAAACUAAU